AGUUUUGGAGGGAUGAGCUGAAGUGGAGACACUGGACUUGAAAGAUACAUGUGAGAACGCCAGCUCUUCAACACAAUUUGUCCGUUGGGUGCUCCAGUAAGCAUCUCAACGGUAAAUUUUCGCAAGGGAAACCUUUUUUAUAAUCCCUGAAUGAGCCACACGGAACACUAAUCACUCGAAGAUUCCGAACACAUACCCCUUUUAUUUGCCUCGUUUAAUUGGGGCGCCAAAAACAAUUAGGGGCCUGACUAAUAUGUUUCCCACGCCAAAUGUUAUAGGGGUUUCAAAAGGUGGCAAAAAUACUAUUAUACCCUUCCGUAAUAACUAACCUAAAAAUCCUAUCACCCCUUUAUCCAAGGCCGCCAGUUUCAUUUCCUAUCUAAAUAAAAUAUUCUUCUUUUCCCCCCCUAUUCCUCUCUGCUCCCUCCUCCGCCAUCAACGAUCCGAUUUUUUUUUUCUUUCAAACUGGCACGAUUAGCUUUUACUACAAAAAUGGAACGUACUAAGGCGGAAUGGGAGAAAUGUAUGGCUCCAAUCAAAAGGGUCGUUUGUGAUGAUGAUGAUGAUGAUGAUCAUCAUCAUCAUCAUGCUGGUAACAGUGGUUCUGGUCGAGGAGGAUGAUGGAAAUGGUGGUGGUAGUGGUGAUAAGGAUGAUGAUGAUGAUGAUGGUAAUGAUGUUGGUGAUAAGGAGGAUGAAGAGGAUAAUUCUACCAUUCUUAAGCUUGUGAGGGAACGAAUGAAUCUUUUUGCAAACGCACUGUGUUGCUCGGCCGACAAAGGGGAAGUGUUCGAUCCUGACAAACAACGUCGGUAUGCUGAUUACUGCAGACACGUUGAAAAUCCCAAUGCAAAAAAAAUGUUUGCUGAGCUGGCUAAGGAAGGUAAGAGGACCAAGAAAACACGUAGCCAACUAGGAGAAGAACGUGUUGAACAGGGACAAGGUAGCCAUCAUCCUCUUGAUGAACAAGGAAGUAGAGAAGAUGGUGGUUCUCCAGGGGGUUGUGCAACUCAGGGUCCUAAUAGAAGAUGGGAAGUUAGCCGAUCAGGGAGGUACUAGGGUUGCUGUCGAAAUGAACUUAUGUUUUAUGUUACUUUUGACUUGAACUUAUAUUUCUUAACUUUUCUUAGAUGCAACUAUUUCGUCCAUUAGAUACUUCGGGUUUGGU